ACAGUGCUGUAUCCUAGCAACAUACAUCAACAAAAGAGAAGGAAGAGAUGGCGACUGCGCGAGAGAAAGAAGCUUCCGCUUACCUGGAAAAGCACAAAAUCUUCGACCUCAUGAAAAACCUCACGAGCAUGCUGUUCUUCUAUAGACCCGACGAUCCCAAAGAGUUUCUCAUCGAGAAAUUACAACAGCUAAAAGAGGCUCGAGACAGCGGUCAAAAAGCACCCAGUCUGCUGAGCCAUUCCAAUCUGGACGCAGCGUUUGGCAUAGUAGAUCCGGCCAAUGACAGACACAUUACGUUUGCACAAUACAAACAGGCUCUUAUCUCAUUGGGAAUGAAAGACAUCAACGAGUGUCCUGAUGGUGUAAAUGAUGACAAAAUAUCCUAUGAUACUUUCAUAACAGAAGGGAUGCUAAGCCUGGAGAAAUGCUCUGCCACUUACAAGCAACCUUGAACUUAAAUGUUUACUUACUCCCACAAAGUCCAAAACAUUAUUUUUGCAAUUCGAUGUUUUGAUCCACUAUAAGCAUUUUGCUGACAUAUGCUUUGUAGUUUGAUCCAUAAAUAUAGUUUCUUUGUAUUUUUAUACGUGUUACUCAUGUUCCAUUUUCUGUUUUAAAACAGACUUAUAUCAUAUGCAGCUAAAAAAACAGUAAUACAUGCUCGUUUUGUUGGAACUGAUUUAUCAACAAAAAAUAUCAUAUUACAUACAUGGUGUUAUUUGCUAAUAGUACAAAAAGAGAGUAAGACUGGUAGUUCUGAUCAUUUGGCAGUAUGGAUCAUGUAUAAAUUGUAUUUAUAGUGCUGGAUGAAAUUAUUGUUGUAGAAAUAGACAAAAUAUUCAUGUGUACUCCAGUACAAUGGGGUGAUUUCAAGUAUACUCUUUAAGGAAUGUGGAAUAAAUUAAU